GCGCCUCGCUGGACGUGCAGCCGUCGCCGGCCGAGUCGUGGCAGCCGCCGCGUGCUCAGAGUCUGGCCGUGCCUCGCGCCACCGACCAGCCGGCAGUCAACGGGACAGCGUCCGGCAACGAGCGUUCGCUACUAGAGCGGCUCUCACUGGUCUUCUCCAAACAGGAGAGCCACGCGCCCGGCUCGGCGGGACGUCUGAUGCUGCAGCUGGGAGCCGAGGGACGCCAGGGGCGUGACGUCACCGGCGAGACACUGGCCAAUCAGAGCAGCGCCAGCACCGAGGAUGACGCGGCCACGCCGGGCGACGAGCCGGCCGUCCACCGGGCUUACAUCAAACAGCCCAAGGCCAAGAAGUUGGGUCUGAGCCCCGUGGAGCAGGCGGCAGCCGACAGCCGCACGGCACGAUGGGCGCGCCGAGACAAGACGGGUGUGGCAGCUGAGGAGAAGCCGAUAACCAGCAUGAAACAGUGCAGUCUGCGCGUGGGUCACGACUGCGUCCUCGAGAGGUGCCCGGACUGCGGCCAGGUCCGUGAGGACUACACGGAGGAGGAGCUGGGACUGUGUGUGGUCGUACUGGCCACCUUCGUCCACCGGGAGCCGUCCCUGGCCGCCUGUCUGCUGCCCGAUAUGCUGAGAGCUGUGUCCGGUCUGGCGGCCCGUCAGCGCUACCCGUGGCAGUCAGAGUCCAGUUACAGUCUGCCCGGCUCAGUGAACAGCGUGUGCCGCCAGUUCCUGCGCUGUGUGCUGCACAGGCUGGCUGCACACAACAUGUUCUUCAAACUGUUCCAGACUGAUAUGGACGUGGACAGCACACACGCGUUUUUCCGGACGCUGGCUCAGGCUCUGGCCGACUUUGCGGAGCUGAACACGGCUGCCCCGCUACACCAUCUGCUCGAGUACCUGAACCGGCAGCGAACGGCGCCGUGUCUGGACGAGAUGCCGACCAUACUCUACAACAUGUCCGUGUACCUGGAGUGCGUGCCGCUGGAGGCCGGCGGCAACCUGUACGGCCCGCUGGUGUCGCAGCUGGACGCCCUGCUGCACCGGCUGCUGCCCUGCCUGGCUGCGCUGCCCGAGCUGGACUCUCUCCUGGCCAUCAUGUGCUCUGUCCUGAAAAUACCCAACGUCAACAUGUAUAAGACGAUUCUGGAGCCGUUCUCGAAGGUGGUCAGUCUGCUGGUGCAGACCCGUCCGAUCGACUACCGCCGACUUGUGGAGCUGUGCCACCUCUGCAACAGGGUCUUCAGCAGGGAGCGGGAGAAGCAGCAGCUCUCCCGCGUGGUUGUGUUCGAGCUCGUUCAGGCGCUCAAGUUCAAGUCCAACCCACCCGACACCAACCUGCUCCUGCUGGUGCACUUUGUCGUGCAGGACGCGGGCGGCACGAUGGCACCCAGUACCGUGAUGGACAUGGUGCCUGACCUGGGGACCGAUACCGCCGGGGCCACCGGCGCCGCCGAGUGUAUGCGACAACACCUCAACGACGCGCUGGACUUCCUGGCAGACGUGCACACACUCACCAAAAUCAAGAGUAACUGCACGGGCCCGCUGCGGGGUCUGAACGAGGACACGAUGGGCGGCGUGCUGAAGGCGGGCGUGGCCCAGUUCGUGGCACUGGAGAUCAGCCGCGGCAAUAGCCGAGAGAACCGGGCCAUCAGCCGCUACCUGCCCUGGCUCUACAACCCGCCAUCGCCCGUCCAGCAGGGUCCGAAGGAGUUUAUCGACUGCGUGUCUCACAUCCGACUGCUCUCCUGGCUGCUGCUGGGCGCCAUGACCCACGCCACCGUGCUGGGACCGCAGGCAACCGUGACGUGUCAGCCGGUGCCUCUGGACGCCAGCUGCCACAUCGCCGACCACAUCCAGGUGAUCCUGGCCGGGUUCGCCGAGCAGAGCAAGGCGUCCGUGCUGCACAUGAGCUCUCUGUUCCACGCGUUCAUCCUGUGCCAGCUGUGGACCAUGUAUCUGGAGGUGGUGGCCGCCGGACAGACGCCGCCGGCGCACGAGCAGCACGCCGCCGCGCUGGCCAUCCUGGCCGACUUCUGGUCCAAAGUGACGCCCGGCAUUCUGCAGCUGGUGUCGCACUCACGCGUGUUGGGUGAGAUGGUGAAUCUGCACUUCCUGAGCCUGAUGGAGGCGCUGGCCGAGUGUAACGCGUCCACGCUGGCCCGCCUGCUGCCAGUCUGGACACAGGUGUUCUACGCCUACAAUGAACAGCUGCCGGGCCACCUGAGUGUGCGCCUGCAGAGCUGCCAGUCGCAGCCGGCCGGUCACAGCUGUCUGCAGCAGAGUCCGGCCGCCCAUGGCAGCUGCCAGCUGCCCACCUGCGCCUCGCAGGCGGCGACGGCCGGCGCGGCCGGCGGCUGCCGGCAGGAGGGCGGCGCGCCCGCGCAGCCGACGGUCCACAGUAGCCACCAGCUGCUGCUCAGCUGGAUACAGCGGCUCCAGUUCAAAAUGGGGCAGAUCGAGCUGCAGUCGUCGGCGGCCGCCCAGUUCUACACCGUCUGAGCGGCCUUCGGGAGAGCUGGGAGAGCCGGAAUAUACAGAGGUGGUGUGGUCACGCGCUAUUGUAACACUUAGAAUGCCAUGGGAAACCGCUGUAACGUGACUUUAACGCUGGAAGAGCGCCGUUAAAACGCAUUGGAUAAGCGCGCGAGAGCACCCUGAACACCGGGAGCUUCUGGACAUUAGUGUGACGAUUCUUUGCCGAGGUGUAACUGUUGUGUAGCCGUUUACUAAACCCGUGGUGCAUGACUCGGCCUGGCACGUCUGAAGAAAUUUCACGGGGUAUUAGUGGUUGAUUCAACUUGCCGCCAAAAUCGGUACGCAAGUACGCAAGACAUGGACCGGACUGCUGCAGACGACAUCCCCGUGAGUUAACGUUCUCAAGAUAUUCCCCAUGUCAGUGUUAGCAAUGUCAUGUUUCAUCUCCCCUCUUCCAUCGCUUCCCCAGUGAGACCAGAUGUUGUCCUUGUUAGUUUUUACCGACGUGCUGCCAAAAUGAGUGGUUUCGCCUGACCCAAACCUGAGCUUAUAGUUGCCAAAUUGCCGCCAAUUACCGCUCGGGAGGUCUCUAGGGCUCGCUGUGACCGGGCCGCGCGGCGCCGAGAAUGCCUAAAUCGUAGUGUCAGCGGUGGCCGGCCUGAGCUGCAGACCCUUCUCUCUGUUUAUUACAUGUCGCCGGGGAGACUGCGGCAGCGCUGUGGUGUGCUAGCUAGGUAGGGACUAAGCCCGUCAUGGCCACGAUCCUCGCGGCCCGGCGCGGUUGUUGGCUUGGUGUUGUUGGCUGUUGUCUGUUGUCAGUUCUUGUCACCGGUGUCGCAAAGGCUAUAGAAUGUGAUGUGCUCUAGUAAGUUGCCUGUGUUGUAUUUUUGUGGCUUUGAAAUGCUAGUCAUGUCGUUUGACGUUAGAUGAUCAGCGUUGUUACAUCACGAGAAACUAUGACAGCCAGUGUAGUAAGAAUAAACAGCGACCUGCCACCUCUGC